AUGAAUUUUAGUAUUUUCUAUCUUCUCGUCUGCAUAAUUUUUCCAGGCAAAGGAGAUAAUCGGUGGAAAAGAAGAUCAAAGGAGUCAGAUGACAAAGGGCUCUUAGACGAAUCAAUCGGAAUAGAGAGAGAUACUUGGGCUCGAGAACACAAUUUGGAUUUUUUUACACAAAAAGAUUUUAAUGCUAAUCCAUUUGACGUCAGAUGCUUGCUCGGUCGUAGUCUAGCUAGAAUAAAAGCAACUCAUUAUAAUGGUGCAUUGGCAGAUGUAAUUAAAGCUACAGAACUUGAACCAACAAAUUUGACAGCUCUUCAGAUUAAAGCACAAACAGAGUAUGAAAAAUGCGCCUUUGAACGAUCGCUCGUACUUGCCAGUCGCGGACAAUGCCUCCGAGUCCUGCCACCAGACUUUGCCGAAUGUGCCAGAUGUGCCGAGGAAACGAUUCGAGAAUGCGCUGGACCAAGUGCUAAGAAAGUAAUGAAAGCCGCUAGUUUAUUAUUAAAAGGAGUAGAGAUAAAAGGGGAUCUAAUUGAGGAGGAUAUAUUUAAACCGAAGAAAGUGGUUCGUCGAAGCAGAAUGCUAAAGGAGCCAACACAACAUGUAAUAAGACUG